UGUGACGUCACUGCAGGCGAAGGCGACCGCAGGCGGCUCACCACCCUAAGUGCAAAUACCUAAGAGAAACUUUCGUUUGCAAUCAGGGAACCCGGUUCCUGCCACCAUGCUGGUGCCAAUCUUCACCCUCAAACUGAACCACAAAAUCAACCCGCGCAUGGUGACCGUUGGCAAGUUUGAUGGGGUGCACCCGUGCCUCACGGCUGCCACACAGGCAGGGAAGGUGUUCAUCCAUAACCCGCACAGGCGUGGCCAGCGGCAGGUGGCCCAUCGCCUGAGCCAGAGCACGCAGGACUCGGACAUCUCUCUGCUCAACAUCAACCAGGCGGUCAGCUGCUUGACGGCCGGAUCGCUGGGGCCCAGCACCACCGGACACUCGCUGCUCGUCGGCUCCCAGACCAACCUGCUGGCCUACGAUGUGCACGACAACGCCGACAUCUUCUACAGAGAGGUGACAGACGGGGCCAACGCCAUCGUUUUGGGGAAGCUGGGAGACAUCCCCUCCCCUCUUGCCAUCAUCGGUGGAAACUGCGCCCUGCAAGGGUUCGAUUACGAGGGAAACGACCUGUUCUGGACAGUUACCGGGGACAACGUGCGGUCUUUGGAGCUCUGUGACUUCACUGGUGAUGGAAAAAAUGAGCUCCUCGUCGGGUCAGAGGACUUUGACAUUCGCGUUUUUAAAGAGGAUGAACUUGUGUCGGAGAUGGCUGAGAAUGAGACGGUCACCUCCCUCUGCCGCAUGCACGGCAGUAGAUUUGGCUAUGCUCUGGCCAACGGCACCGUCGGAGUGUACGACCGCACCGCGCGCUACUGGCGAAUCAAGUCGAAGAACCAUGCGAUGAGCAUCCAUGCCUUCGACCUGAACGCCGACGGAGUGGUGGAGCUCAUCACGGGCUGGUCCAACGGGAAGAUUGAUGCACGCAGCGACCGCACGGGCGAGGUCAUCUUCAAGGACAACUUCUCGUCCUCGGUGGCGGGGGUGGUGGAGGGGGACUACCGCAUGGACGGCCAGGUCCAGCUCAUCUGUGCCUCUGUGGAGGGAGAAGUGCGGGGGUACCUCCCGGCCAGUAAGGAGAUGAAGGGGAACCUGAUGGACUCCAGUGUGGAGCAGGACCUGAUCAGGGAGCUGAGUCAGCGCAGACAGAACCUGAUGCUGGAACUGCGCAACUAUGAGGAGAACGCCAAGGCCAGCACUGGAGGUGCAGUCACAGAGGGGGUGAUCCCAGCCAACACUCAGCUCCAGACCGCCCUGUCUGUGAAAGCAGCGACUGAGAGCCAGAGAGCCCACAUCCAGCUCAGCAUCUCCACCCCCAACGAGACCAUCAUCCGAGCGGUGCUGAUUUUCGCAGAGGGCAUCUUUGAGGGCGAGAGCCAUGUGGUGCACCCCAGCGCCCAGAACCUGUCGGGGUGCGUCCGAGUUCCCAUAAUCCCGCCCAAGGACAUCCCUGUCGACCUGCACAUCAAAGCCUUCGUGGGCGGGAAGAACAGCACCCAGUUCCACGUGUUUGAGAUCACCCGGCAGCUGCCGCGCUUCGCCAUGUACGACCUGAACACCGACCCCAGCACCGCCCAGCCCGCGGGGGGGGUCACGUUCAGCAUCAACGACCGGCCGCAGAGAGUGGUCAUGUGGCUGAAUCAGAACUUCCUGUUGCCCGAGGGCACGGACACUCCAGAUGUGUGUUUCACCUCAUUGCGCCAGGGGGCGCUACUGAGCAUCAACAUGAGCUCCAGUGGGCAGAUCACCAUAAGGACAGAUGAUAUCGACCUGGCAGGAGACCUGGUGCAGUCCCUGGCCUCCUUCCUGGCCAUCGAGGACCUGCAGGUAGAGGCUGACUUCCCGGGCUACUUCGAGGAGGUGCGGGUGACCCUGACCGAGGUGGACGAGUUCCACUCGGUACAUCAGAAGCUGACGGCGGCCAUGGCGGACCACUCCAACCACAUCCGCAACAUGCUGGUGCAGGCGGAGGACGCCAGGCUGAUGGGGGACAUGAUGACCAUGAAGAAGCGGUACAUCGAGCUGUACGACCUCAACAGGGACCUGAUAAAUGAAUACAAGAUCCGCUCCAACAACCACAAUGCCCUGCUCACCUGCCUCAAGUCCGUCAACCAGGCCAUCCAGCGGGCAGGCAGGCUGCGAGUCGGGAAGCCCAAGAACCAGGUGAUCACUGCAUGCCGAGACGCCAUAAGGAGCAACAAUAUCAACGCCCUUUUCAAGGUCAUGAGGGCAGGCACCGCAUCCUCCUGAGGGGGACCCCCAUCGGGCAGCCAAACUUCAGCCCCCCCACGAGGGGUGCAUCA